GGAGCCUAAAUUAUGAAAGAGCUCAAGAUAUUUCUGGACGAGGGAAGGUAUAUAUACCAGGGAGCGCUGGCUGAGGCCACAUUUUAACACAGUCUGUGAAGAAGGCUGCAACACAACACAACCAACAUGUCACUGGAAAGAGCUAUCAGAGCCAAGAUCGCCGGAAAGAGGGAUCCGGAACAGGAGCGUGAAGCACAGGCCUGGAUCGAGGAGAUCCUCGGCGAGAAGUUCCCUGCCCAUGUCAGCUACGAGGAUCACAUCAAGGAUGGUCAGGUCUUGUGCCGCCUCAUGAACAAGCUCACUCCCGGCUGCAUCCCCAAGAUCAAUUCCUCCGGUGGACAGUUCAAGAUGAUGGAAAAUAUCAACAACUUUUUGAAGGCUAUGACAGAGUACGGUGUCCCAGACGUUGACCUCUUCCAGACCGUCGACCUCUACGAAAAGAAGGACAUCGGCCAGGUGACGACAGCCUUGUUCGGACUCGGAAGGGCGACCUACCGCCACACCGAAUGGCCUGGCCCAUACCUAGGACCCAAGCCAGCUGAUGAGUGCAAGAGGGACUUCACCGAAGAGCAGCUGAAGGCUGGUCAGACCAUCAUCGGCCUCCAGGCAGGAUCCAACAAGGGAGCCACCCAGGCUGGCCAGAAUAUCGGCGCCUCUCGCAAAAUCCUCAUCGGAAAGUAAAUCCGAAACCACCACCAGACUGAACAAACUACAUAGAAUUGAUACAAAAUGAUUCAUAUAUUUUUGACACUGUAAUAUUGAUAAAUAAAUGAUAUAUUCUUUUUGAUUACAUGGUUGAUUCGAAAUCCCAUUAAACAUUUCUAAUUUUGAACGAAAAUCGUUAGCGAAUAUAUGCCACACACAUAGUAUAACUCACAAGGUAACCUCGAUACAAUCAACCCAUUUCUAUUUCCUACCACCUUACACGAAACCAUAAAACAAAAAAAAAAAAGGUAAAUUUACGCUUUUUGUUACAACAGUUAACGUAGCUUAAACUAAUAUUAAUUACCUAUAAUUAUAAUAUAAUGGAAAAACACAUAUUUAUUUUAUUUUAAUUCAGAGUCUUCUUCAGAUCAGCUCGCCGGUUAU